AACGGUCACGAGGUGGUCUUUGCUCAAAUCUUAUGACGUUUCGCGCCGCGGAUAAAUUAGAAUAAUACGUCUAGGCGUGUUCUUGAAGUGAUGCGGAGAAGCUGGUGGGGCACCCGCAAGGGCCGAGGAGGUCAUUUGUUUUAUGUAUUUAUACCCAGACGUAUUAGAGGAACCGAGUUCUCUGACGGUGACUGUCCCAGCGGCUGUCAUGAACCGAGUUCGUUUGAGCGCGUUGUCGUUGCUGUUUGCGACGCAAUGUAUCGCUGGCGCUUGGGCCGCUCUGCUUCCUCGUGCGGUGGAUGACACAGCCCAUUCGCUGAACGUCUCCACUUGUCCUGGAUACACACUCCAGGAUCUCCAAAAUACUUCAAGCGGCUUCACAGCGUCUCUUGCACUCGCCGGUCCGGCGUGUAAUGCAUUCGGCAAUGACAUUGCCAACCUUACCAUUGCAGUUGAUUAUGAAUCUCAGUCUCGGCUUCACGUUCACAUAUUCGACACCGCGAACCAACAAUUCCAAAUUCCCGAAUCCGUAAUCACACGUCCUUCGUUCGACUCGACAGAACAAUCGGAAUCAGACCUCGAGUUCCACUACAACUCUGCACCUUUUGAGUUUUGGAUCACGCGUCGGUCCGAUUCACCGGAUGCGGCUCCGUUAUUCGAUACUCGGAAGGCUAGUUUACCGCCGACUCCGGUGCCACCUUUGAAUGCUGGUGAUAAUAGAACUGCGUUUGAUGGUUUCUCACUUGUUUUUGAGGAUCAAUAUCUUCAGUUAACGAGUGCUUUGCCACUCAACACAAAUAUCUAUGGUCUAGGAGAAGCCGUAGCAAGCAGUGGGAUCCGUCGAGAUGUCGGAGUAGGGAACAGCUCGAACGGAGGGCUAGGAACUAUCCAAACGAUGUGGGCUCGUGACGUUGCAGAUCCGAUUGACGGAAAUAUGUAUGGAAUGCAUGCGGUUUAUAUGGAACAUCGAUUUGAUGAGAGUACUGCGAGUUCAAAGUCGCACGGGGUGUUUUUGUUGAACUCCGCCGGCUCAGACAUCCUUCUCUCAACUCCUCCUUCCUCAAACACUUCACUUGUACAAUAUCGCGCUAUCGGUGGGACUCUCGAUCUGUAUUUCCUGUCAGGUCCGAGCCCAAAAGAGGUUGUGCAACAGUAUGGUGAAGUAGUUGGUUUGCCAACGUGGCAGCCGUAUUGGGGAUUCGGCUUCCAUCUUUGUCGAUGGGGAUAUACGAACGUAAGUGUGACUCGUGAACAGGUUACGAGGAUGCGUGAGGCGAAUAUUCCGCUUGAAGUGCAAUGGAACGAUAUCGAUUUGUAUCACGCAUUCCGAGACUUCACCACCGACCCGGUCAGUUUCCCGACUGAGGAAGUGAGAGCGUUUAUCCAGGAAUUAGCUUCAAACAACCAGCACUAUAUACCGAUUGUUGAUGCAGCGCUUGCAAAAACCGUCAACACUACCGAUGUUUAUGAUCCAUACACAUCCGGUACAGACCAAAAGGUGUUUAUCACCAACUCCGACGGAAGCGAAUAUGUCGGACAAGUCUGGCCUGGCUUCACAGUCUUCCCUGACUGGUUCGCGAACAACACGGUUGCUUGGUGGACGGAGGCGUUUAAGAAUUGGAGUACGACCGGUGGAGUGGAGUUCUCAGGGAUUUGGUUGGAUAUGAACGAGCCGAGUUCGUUUUGUGACGGAUCUUGUGGAUCGAACCGCGACAUCACAAACACAAGUACACCGUUCAUCCUCCCUGGCAAACCCGGAAACCCUGUGACUGACUAUCCCGAAGGGUACAUUUCUUCUAAUACAGGUUCUUCACUUAGAUCGUCGAGUAGACUUUCUAAAUUAUUGUUGAUACAACAGCGUGCUGCGUUUGCUUCUAGGUCUGAGAGUGAUGAAGAGAAUAUAGUGAGGUUUGCGAAACGUGGAUUGGGCGCUGGGAGUCAGUCGGGUGUGGAUCUUAAUAGUCCGCCGUAUGCGAUCCAUAACGGCGCUGGCAGGCUGUCGAUUAACACAGUCGCGACGAACGCGUCUUCUGCACCUGGAUACGCACAGCUGGACAUACAUAACUUAUUCGGUAUGAUGGAAGAACGGGCAACACAUUUAGCUGUACAGGAUGUCAUUCCAGGAAAGAGGCCAUUCUUGAUUGCUCGUUCAACGUUCCCUUCUUCUGGUAAAUGGAGUGGACACUGGUUGGGCGAUAACUUUAGCCAGUGGCUGUACAUGCAUUUCAACAUUCAAGGCGUCCUCCAGUUCCAGAUGUUCCAGAUUCCAAUGGUUGGAGCUGAUACGUGUGGAUUUAAUGGAAAUACAGACGAAGAGUUGUGCAACCGAUGGAUGCAGCUUUCGGCAUUCGUCCCCUUCUAUAGGAACCAUAACACUUUAGGAGCAAUAUCUCAAGAACCAUACAGAUGGGACAGCGUUGCGAAUGCGUCUCGGAUCGCGAUGGCUGUGAGGUAUUCGAUGCUGCCAUACUGGUAUACGCUUUUCGCGAACGUGUCGACUCAAGGAACUCCACCCGUUCGAGCGCUGUUUUGGGAGUUCCCCGAUGAAUCCGAGUUGUUCGCGGUGGAUCGACAGUUUUUGGUUGGACGUGAUAUUCUUGUUACUCCCGUUCUUGAGCCGAACGCUACGACUGUUGAUGGGAUCUUCCCCGGCCGCGGAAGCGUAACAUGGCGCGAUUGGUACACGCACUCCGUUGUCAAUACCUCAUCGACGAGUGGAAAUGCAACAACUGCUACACUUCCCGCACCUCUGGGACACAUAAACGUACACGUACGGGACGGCGCUAUAUUGCUCUUGCACGCGAAACCGGCGUAUACAACGACUGAGACAAGAGCGGGACCGUUCGAACUGCUCAUUACUCUUCCUCUCUCCGGUGAGAGGAGUGCUUUCGGAACGAGUUACGUAGAUGAUGGAGUCUCAUUCCCUCCUGGCCCGAAUACUACACUCGUCUUCCAAGCAUCUUCCCCCAAUUCGUCGGGAACGCUCACUUCCACGCCAACUGGUGCGUUCAACAUUGAGCAGAAGUUGACGAAGGUUACCAUCCUCGGUGUAACGACGAACCCGACGAAAGUUUCGCUACAGGGAAGUGCGGUCGGGAGCGCUAGUUGGGUGUUUAAUGAUGAAGGCAAGAAGGGAGAAUUGAUCAUCGAAGGGGACGGGGUGAAUGUUGAUUUGAAUAAGGCGUUCACAAUUGAGUGGACAUAAUGCUGAUGAGUCGGCGUUGGCCCACAGUCUGUCAUGCAAGUAUGCAAUUGAAGUACGAUAUCGCCGUAUUUGACAAUAAAAUUUCCUUACUUG